CAUCCUCCGGGCUCGGCCCGGCCCCGGGCCCGGCGGGACCGCGCUCAAACCUGCCGCCCCAAGCCUGGCCCAUGGAGGUUGUACUGGGGCAGGUGGAGCAGCUGCCGGCGCUCCUGGCCGUGUCCCGCUCCGCGCUGGUGCGGGACUGGGACUCCCUCACCCUGGAUAGGGCUCUAGAGUGGGCCCGCUAUUUCCAGCACCUCUAUGACCGGUUCCGUGCCCGUCCCCAGCUCCGGGAGGCCCUCGGGCGGCGGCUGCGCCGGUCUCAGCCGUACCCUCUGCUCGGCUUCCCCGCGCUGGGCCGCUGCCCGCAGCUCUUGGGGCUGGCGCUACUGGAGAACCGCGCUUUGCCGCCCGCCGCCUGCCGCCGCCUGCUCCGCAGCCUCCUGCAGCCUCCCGGCGCGGGGACCGGCUGCGAUCCCCGCGGCCUGGAGCUGCUCGCCCGCCGCAAGGCCGCUGCCUGCCUGCUGGCCUUGCCCCGCCGUCCGCCGCGGCGUGCCCCCGGGCCGGAGCCGCAGCUGCAGGCAGAGGCGCAGCUGCUGCUGAGCCGGCUGCGGGCGGAGGCGCAGGAGGUCGGGGAGGCCGCGGGGCAGCGGCGUUGGCUGUGCGGUGUUCUGGAGCAGCUGCCCCAGCCCCGCGCCUUCGGCGUCGUGGCGGCGGCGCUGGCUCUGCUCAAGCAGGGGCAUGGCGCUGAGCAGGCCGGAGACAGGGAUCGGCAUGGGAGCGGCAGGCGAGGCGGGUACCGGGAGAGCGCUGCGGGAGACGGGUGCUCCGCCGGGCUCCUGCUCUCCUGGCUGCUGGGCAACCAGGAGCGGUUUGCUGCCUUCUGCCUUUGCCUCCCAUGUUCCCAUCUUGCUUUCCUAGCUGGUCACUAUUCCCAGUUAAGCAGAUCUUACUUGGACCUCUUGACCGGCUGGGGAAGCCACUUGGUUUAUGACCCCUUGCAGGGACGGUGGGUUAAAAGUUGCCUUGACAAAGCUAAAUUGUCAUGGGAGGAAUUAAGGGAGCGCUUCAGCUGCCUCUGUCAGGGAUCUGCACUGCUUAAAGAACAGACCCAAGCUGCUCUGGAAGUGCUGAGGACACAAGAUGGAGACUUCGAAGUGCGUGGCCUAAGUGUGUGGACUGACUUACUGAUGGAAGUACCAAUGCAUGAACACAAAAGCAACAUGAAAACUUACAAAAUCAAGUAAAUCUGGUUAACUUUAUUUGGUGUGAAAGGCAAGACGACUACUCCUCUCUUCGUUGAAAAUCAAAUGUUGUGACUGCUGAUCAUGAUUCUGACUGCAUCUGGUUCUGAAAUCUUUCAGGGAGGCCUGGUGUUUGCUUGUGAUUGUGCUGUCAUUUCUGGUCAACACAGAAAAUUUCUUCCUUUUCAGUACUUGCUGAUUAAUUAUCUAAUAAAGAAAAUCCAUUCUGCUUCAAAUAUGGAGUAGUUUUCUGUUUAGAAAAUAUGACAGUUCUGAUAUGGUCAUGGUAGUAAUUUUUCUAAAUGUUGGAGGCUGAGCAAAAGUUCAAAGGGAGGGUGGAGUUUCAGAUGUGAAAACACAAAUUCAGGGUUCCUUUUGUAGUGAUUGUCUUCGUUGGGCUGUCUGCUCUGGUGGCCAUGUCAAUGUUGAUGCUUCUAGAGCUCUUGCACUUGACUUAGCCCCAGGGUCAGUGAAGAAAGUGAGAGGAAGCCAACUGGAAAUCUUCAUGAAAAGUUCUAAAAUAAAGGUCUUUAUUAGUUGCUGUAUUACUUGAUAAUAUCCAGGUAUUUCCUAA